CAAUGGUUGAAAACUGAUAGAUACUCCUUAGAAACAAUAGUUAAAAACCUUGAUGAGUUUCUUGAAGACUUAACAAACAACUUAUAUGAACUCACAAAACAUCAUUAUGUCAGCAAAUCUCAGACAUACUUUUUAAAGCAGUUAAAAGAAAACCUGAAAGCAAAUGAAUGUAUUAUACAAAUGGGUUUUGCUGAAAAUUUUUCAUUUGUCAUACAGGAUGAAAUUCAGGCAUCAUAUUUUUCUAAAAAUCAGGCAACUCUUCAUCCAUUUAUUAUAUAUAUGAGAUCUUUAAAUGGAAACCUGACCCUAGAAAGCAAAUGUUAUUGCAUUAUAUCAGACAAUCUGAUUCACAAUACUGAGGCAGUCUUCACUUAUGUUUCAAAAGUCGUAUUUAUUCUGAAAGAAGAAUAUCCAAAUAUUCAAAAGAUUCAUUAUUUCACUGAUGGUGCAGGCAGCCAGUAUAAAAAUAGGUUUAAUUUGAAAAACCUUUGCUUUCAUGAAAAAGACUUCGGACUGAAAGCAGAUUGGCAUUUUUUUGGCACUGCACAUGGAAAAAGUGCAUGUGACGGAGUAGGUGGUACAGUGAAAAGAGUAAUUAACAACCUGUCCCUCCAAAGGCCAAUUGGAAAUCAAAUUUUGACACCAAAGGACAUGUUUUUAGUUGCUAAAGAAAGUUUUAAAAACAUCAGAUUUCUCUAUAUUUCUGAAAACGAAACAGCUGUUAACACUCAUGAAGUUCUUGCUAAACGAUUUGAGGAUCUUUCUGCUAUCAAAGGAACCCGCUCAUAUCAUUGUUUUUCACUUUUAUUGUGUUGUUUAAAAGCCUAUGUAACAUCAAUGAGCACAACCUUUGACAUUUUUCACAUGCUGGAAGAUACUUGCAUUAAUACACAAAAGUCAGUAACUGUUGACAUCAAUAUUGCUGAUUGGGUAUUAGCGCAUUAUUUUGGUGAAUUUUUUCCUGGAAAGGUGAUAGAUGUUAAAGAUGACUACAUAUCUGUCAGCUGUUUACAUAAAGCUGGCAAUUAUUUCAAAUAUCCAAAAACACCAGAUAUCCAUUUGUAUCCAGUUAAUGACAUUAUUGCCACAUUAAAUGAGCCUGAGCUCCAAAAAACAAGAGGAUUUUACUCCUAUUUAAUAAAAAACAAGAUUAAAUAAAUUAUACUGCAUUAAUUGUUUUGAAUUAGCAACUAAUUAUCAGUUAAAAAGUAAAAACCAAACCUUAUAAUAAAAGUGGUUUCUAACAAGCUUCGACUUUUUCCUUUAUUGAUCAUUAUUUAUUUCUUUUAUAGAAGUUAUUAUAUUUUUUAAGCACCCUGAUGUAUCAUGAAUAUUCCCUUGAUAUAUUAUGAAAGUCUUAUUAAAAAAUGUUCAACAUUAUUUUGUAAAAAAUCAUAGGUCUUUGACUUUGAGAUAAAACACUCCUU